AACCCCUGUCGUUUUCGGAGCUUCCGACUUCGAAGCUCAGAGCCCUGCAAUCUUGUUCACGAUACGAUACUCUCGUCGCGCGUCGUCGAGGAGCCGAAACGAAGAAGACGACGGUGACGAAUCUGCACUGGUCGGAUUAGGGUUUCCAAAGAUUAUUCUGUAAGGAUCGGGCAACUGAAUCGGACAUGGCACACGACUCAGAGAAGAGGUUCCACCAGAUCAUGGACAAGCUCUUCAGUCCUCCUUCAAAGUCUCCUCUUUCUUCUUCCUCUACCAGUUCACCUGGAGAGCAACAAUCUAGAGGCAAAAAGCGUCCUAAUCCUUCAUCUGCCUUGGCAUUGGUGGAGCCAAGAACUGGGUUAGAUGCUACUGAUAGGCGUAUGAAUCUCACAGCUUCAUCCGGGUCAUCGCAUUCUGCUCUUUGCAGGCCAUGGGACAGAGGAGAUCUAAUGAAGAGAUUAUCUACGUUUAAGUCCAUGAUGUGGUUUGCUAAGCCCCAGGUUAUCAGUGCUGUAAAUUGUGCGAGGAGAGGAUGGGUGAAUGUUGAUAUGGACACCUUAGCUUGUGAAUCUUGUGGAGCUCAUCUUCUCUUUUCAACCCCAUCUUCCUGGUCAAGGCAACAAGUGGAGAAAGCGGCAUCAGUCUUCAGCUUAAAGCUUGAUAGUGGACACAAACUGCUUUGCCCAUGGAUAGAUAAUUCCUGUGAAGAAACCCUAGCUGAUUUCCCUCCAUUGACACCGCAGGAUCUAGUAGACAGAUUUCAAGAACGGUCAGAUGCAUUGCUUCAACUCCUGGCCCUGCCAGUGGUUUCACCGUCGGCCAUUGAGUACAUGAAGAGCCCUGAGCUGGAAGAGUUUCUCAAACAACCCAUUACGCCAUUAUCUGGCAACAUGCCUGGUGAAUUUUCUCGACCGCAGUCCCUUGGCGACACUUCUGAGUUUAGCUCAGCUCAACUUUUCUAUCAGGCACAAAAACUUAUAAGUUUAUGUGGCUGGGAACCACGGGCACUUCCUUAUAUAGUGGAUUGUAAGGAGAAGCCAGGUGAUUCGUCAAGAACUACAAGUGUUGUCGAUUUAUUGCCAGAACCUGCUACAGGCAAGCUUCUAAGUGUAUCCACUCAAACCUCCUUCACAAGUGGGAUUCCUGAGAAUGGUGCAAACCCGGUAAACCAUGAAUCUUUAAGGUCUGAUCCCAAUUCUGUUGUUCUGGACUGCAAGCUCUGUGGAGCCUGUGCUGGACUCUGGGUUUUCUCUGUCGUUCCAAGACCACUAGAGUUGCAUAGAGUCACCGGUUAUACGGAAGUCAAUAGACAAAAAGAUUCUGGGGGUCAUGAUUCAGGAAGCAAUACUCUUCCUAACCAGAGAGCUAAUGUCUUGGAACAAAACUCAAGUUUAAACUUUACCAUAGCAGGAGGGCCUCCAGCAACAAAGCAGAACUUCAAAGCAACGAUAUCGUUUCCUAUCAUUGGUAGGAACUUGAGGUUGAGGUUUGCUUCUGAGUUUAGAGAUCCCACACAGGGAAACCGUGAUUGUGUGAUUUCAUCUGGGAGCGAAAAGAUAGGUCUUAUAGAGAAUGGAAAAGGUGAUCAGGGGAACAAUGGUGAUAUUCAGGAUCAGCAGUUAAAAACUGCUGAGAACAGUGAUGGUGCUAAAGAGAAUAAUGAUCAAGAAAUGGCUGACACUGAAGAGAUCAGAACUGAGAAUGGAAGAAGCGACCCUAAUGUUACCGUGAAUACUGAACUACAAUCCAAAGACCAGGAAGUCAUGGCUGAGAAAUCUCUUCACGAAAACAACAAACAAAAGCAUUCAACUUCAGGUCAAAUAGCAGCUUCAAGCAAACAGAUGGAGUUUGAUCCAAUCAGGCAACAUAGGCAUUUUUGUCCUUGGAUCUUGCCAACUGGUAGGAGAGGCCCUGGAUGGAGACAGACUCUGUCUGCGUUACAACGCCAGAGAGAAUCUUCUCAGAGUUCCCCAUCAGCCACUUCCUUGCUCAAGGUGGAUGAUCCUAUCACCUGUGUCCGGAACCUCUUCAAGUCUCCAUCGGCAAAGAGACAGAAGCCGAACAGUGGAUCUUCACCCUGAUACCAGAAAUUUUAUGGCCCUUUGAUCUCAAAGGUUGUGACAAUAGUACACAAGUUGUGAGAAAGUUUUCAUCUUUUUGAGUAUUUGGAAGGAACACUCAUGUCUUGAAUCAUUGAAUGUUGGAAUCUUCUCUGUUGUCUUCUAAUCAUGUCUCAAAAUUCUCUGUUGUAGAUUUUUUUUUCCAUUUUUGUCUAAUAUCUAAUUUAAUCUCCAAAAAAUCA